AUGACAACAGGGACUCUACCGAGCAACACUGCGACCAAUCCGAAGGAGCAUGUCAAAGCCAUAACAUUGAGAAGUGGGUGGACAUAUGACCAGCCAGAGAUGGUAAAUAUUGAGCGAGAUGCAGAAGCUGCAAAAAAUGUGGAGUCUGAGAAGAAGGAAACCGAGUACGAGGUGAAAGAAACUGAUCGGGACAUUAUCGACCAGCAAGCUAAGAUGACUAAAGAGAAUAAAGGGGUUACAAAACCCAAAAAAUCUAGGGAGUUUAAUUCUGAAAGCUAUUCUCCUUCAAUUUAUGAUCCACCAAUUCAUUUUCCGCAGAGAUUAAGAAAAAAUAAGAUUGAUAAUCAAUUCUCUAAAUUUCUGAGUACAUUUAAGCAACUGCAUAUUAAUAUUCCUCUCGUUAAAGCUUUAGAGCAAAUGCCUAAUUAUGUAAAAUUUUUGAAGGACAUAUUAUCAAACAAGCGAAAGUUGGAGGAGCAAGAGACUGUGAUGCUGACUAAGGAGAGCAGUGCAAUUUUACAAAAGAAGUUGUCGCCUAAGUUGAAAGAUCUGGAGAGUUUCACGAUCCCUUACACUAUAGGAAAUUCAUAUUUUGAUAAAGAUUUAUGUGACUUAGGGGCAAGUAUUAAUGUAACUCCCCGCUCCCCAAUAAAGACAUAUUUUUAG